GUAAACAAAAUACAUAUGCGCGCAUAACGACAAGCGCUAAGCAGGCCUGGACAAGUGUUGUGUUUUACCUUUGCAAGAGAAGUUCCCGUGUCGAAUUUGCCGAAUCGUGCCUAUUCAAAAGAGCGCGUGCUACUUUAAGUAUUUAAACGUAUCUAUGACCGCUUCAGCAAUGCCUUAAACAAACUUUGGAGACAAGAUGAGCCUGAAUUGGAGGCGGAAUGACUACUUUCAGCGGUUACUGGAGGAGGGUCCUGCAAGCCACUCCGCCCUGGAGUUGUUGGUAGACGAUCUUCACCGUGAUAAAGCCCACACCAUCGGGGCGUUUCUCGAUCACUACGGCUCUGAAGAUUUCCUGUGGGGCUUGGUCCGAAUGCUGAGUGCUGAAAAUACCAGGGUUGCUGGAAACUCCGCCUACAUAUUUGGCACUGUUGCUGAGAGUGUUGAAGGUCAGCAGAGAGUGCUAUCACUUAUCAAUGGACCACACCCCCAGAAUAUCCUGGCUGAUUUGACUAACAUGCUUGACUACGAUGAUGAUGAGUCUGUCAUGAAUGCUGCUGGUACCCUGGGAACACUGGCUGAGAGCUCAGGUGGAAGAGAAUGGAUGUUAAAGGAACCGUGUCUGCAAGUGACCAUCAGUAGAGUGACUGGUUUACUGAACAGUAACAACCUCUGGACAGCUAGCAAUGCAGCCUUGGUCUUAGCAAGAUUAUCGAUAGCAGAGGAGGGAUGCCAGCUAAUGUUAGACCACAGUUUUUGUCAUCAGAUCUUGACCAAGCUUGUAGAAUCCCUUGGUAUAGAUGAAGCAGGACGAGGCAUGAAUGCAGCCUUUGCUUUGGGUAGAUUGUGUGACUUGGAGACAGGUAGAAUCAGACUACUACAACAUCCAGACUCCGAAAAAAUGAUGAGUAGACUGUGCAGCAUGCUCUCCAGUAAAGACUCAGGGUGUGGCAAGAACGCUUGCUAUGCCAUUAGUUGCCUAGCAACCAGUACUCAAGGUCAUGGCAGGUUGCUAGGUCACAAUAAUUCGGAGGUCAUGUUGCAGAGGCUGGGGUCACAACUGAGUAACGAGGACUCUGAGACAGCAUGGUUUGCUGCUAUGACAUUGCGGACACUAGCAAGUAAACGAGCUGGUUGUUUAAGGUUGCGGAAUCACCCCCAUGUUGUCCCUGCUCUACAGAUUGUUCAGUGCAAAGACCUAUCACAUCAAGAUUUGAAGGAAGAGGUGGCACUGACGUUAGAACUCCUGAAGACAUUACACCAACCUAGGCCACCUAGGCUAGAGGUCAAAGGUUAUAGUGAUAUCCAUGCUGCUUGGGAUGAAGUCACAUUGAAGAGUGGUUUGGAAGUCACCUACAGGUUGUAUAGUGAUUCUGACGUCAUUUACGAAGGGAAAUCUCUCAGUCAUCUUGUCACUGGACUCCGAGCCGACACACGGUAUUCCUUCAGACUUCAGCUCAGUACCGAAGGUGAUGAUAGCCCAUUAAGUGAGGUUACUUUGGCAACCACUGAAGAAUCUCCACCUGAUGCCCCACAAGGGCUGAGGAUUCUGGCAGUGACGAUCUCCCAGCUCAAAUUAGGCUGGGCACCUCCUGAAUUCAACAAUGGUGCCCUGAAGGGAUAUGUGGUUUAUAAUAGAAAACAGCAGGUAGAGACAACAACAGAGUUGAGUAGCAUUGUGAGUGGUCUGACGCCAGGUACAACCUAUGAUCUUCAUGUGUGUGCCUUCAACCACAAAGGUAAAGGACCUAAAGCCACCAUUACAGCCACUACAACAGAGCUAGGCAAGCAUGCUCCUGGUAAGCCUAACCUGACGGUCAGAGGUCGUAGUGAGAUCCACGUUACAUGGACACCCCCAGAGUUCCCCCUUGGUCGACUUCAUCGCUUUGAGUUGACCCAGAAUGGGAAGGUCAUCUACUCAGGCACAGAGCUCAGCUACACAGCUCAUCGACUCACUCCCAACACUGAGUAUAAAUUCACUGUUAUUGCUGUGACCAGUGAAGGAAAAUGUGAAAGUGAUGCAGCCAAAAAGAAAACUCCAAAAGAUGAAUACAACGUGCAAUCAACAGCUCCUAUUUUCUUCUCUCAUCCAGUCAGAGCAGGAGAAGAUGCAUCAGGAAAGAGCAAAGAAAAGAGCCUCAGGACCCAGUCAAGGCACGGUCGCAAGAGGGGAAGCUCAGCAAGAAGGAAACAGUCACUGACUCAGUCCUAUGUUUUCUGGCAGCGACAUUUGAAGCAGCCAAUAUCACCAACUUAUACUGAACCUCCAAGUUUGCAUUCUUCUUCACGUCCCUCAUCAGGAUUUAGUGAUGAUAGUUCACACUCCAAAACCCAGUGUAGGCCAAAGAGAUCUGUUGGUGGUUUUGAAAAAAGGGCUAAUAAAUCAUCGACAACAAUGGAACCUGUAGCUGAAUGGAGCAAUGAGCGAAGCUCAACAUCAUCCUCAGAGACUGGGGAGGAGGAUGAGGAGGAUGAGGAGAGAUGGCCUGGUGCUGAUCACCUCAGCUAUAGAACCUCAAUCACCUUACGUGCUAGGCAUGGGAAAGCUCCAGAGAGUGCUUCAUCUAUAAAGACAUCCUUUUCUGGUGAUCACACUGGCAUAUUCUCUGAAGGGAAUAGGUUUCUGGAUAACCCUACCUCAAAACACAAACACAAAGGCCAUCGGGAAAGCAAAAGGAAAGCAUCAACCGAAAUGGAGCAUGUAAGGCUGACACAAGCAGAGAGGUCAAAUCUUGAUGAAGUCAAACCCGAGGUCAGAGGUCAUACCAAAGCACAUGUAAAUUCAAAAGAGGCUAAUGAUCAUACCAGUACAAACCAAAGAUAUAGCCAGGAAGCAAGUGCCUUAAAUCUGCCCAAAAGCACAGUGCAUUCUGUCAAGACUAAACACUUGGCUGAUAACCAAGGCAACCAUGAAUCCGAUCCAGCCACUUUUAAACUGGAUAGACUGUUACGCAGCUUGAAAAAAACCAGCACUCAAAGGACUGUGUUGAAUUCCCACCGAGCCAUAGUGCCAGGCAAGGAGAGCUUACAGCGGACGCCUACAAGUGUGACUUGGGACCCUAGAGUGAGCAGCAGCAUAGGCUCAAGCUCACAAUUAGCAAAGCAAGACUUGAGAUUAGAUGGUGUGCCACCCUCUCGAGAUACAACAACAAGAGAAAUUGCUACUUCAGGCAAGGAAUUUACACUCUUAGCCAAUGGUCAGAUUGUGUAUAGGGAUUCAAGGUCAGGAAGUGGGACAUCAAAGAAGUCAUCCUCAUCAUCUGAGGCAACGACUGCCAAGUCAGAAAAGAAACCACUCAGAGAGAAGCGGCGUACCUCAUCUAAAACUUUGCAUGGAGAAAUGUCAUUGCAACCUCUUCACCAAGAAGGAUUCAUUGCAGCUGAUGCACCUAUUCCUGACAUUCCAUGGGAAGGAGGUGAUGGGUCAAAAGUUACAAACACAGCUCCACCGGCUACUUGGAUAACUCAAACCAAGACUGCCUUAGCUGAUAACGCUAUCCCGUUCCGUAGUGCCCUCGCUGACUAUUCAUCUUUCUACCAACGAGCUAACUCCAUCAUCAGUAGUCACAGACCAACUCUCAAGAAAAACCUGGCCAAAUUAGCUAGCUACCCUGGAGCCUUUCCUAUGCAGCAUGGAGUCACAGCUAUCCAGUAUGAACCAGACUUCCCUACCAGUAAACCAGUAACCACAAACAAGUACCAGUUUAUCCCAACGCAGUACAGAACACAGCCAACCAACCUGCCAGGUCAGACCACACACAAAAGAGGACCCAACACCAAUUUGUACGAUAAAAGUGCUUAUGUGAAGAAACUUGAAGCUCUGUCUCAGCUGAGUGCGGGACAUAAGACUGGAAUGGUAUGCCAUGAAUGUAAUCAUCCGGAGACUGAUGGACUGAUCACACCUAAAGCAGCAGUGGCACUGAAAUAUUCACAUCGCAAUGAUCUCUCAGUGUCUGUGGGAGGAUCUAGGACAAAGAAUAGUCCAGUACCAGACAUAGCCAGCUGAUUGCAUGUGACACCACCUGGAACCAGGCUCAGAAAAGAGCACCUUCUAAAUAGCUUUUUCUAGUACAUGAAUAAUUAUCACACCAGCUAUUAGAAAUAGUCUCCUUGUUCAAAUACUUUCCAAAGUCUCCACCAUUUUGUAAAGCAUCAAGGCAUGCCAACCAUGCCGUCUUAAUGUCUUUGAAUUACAAAGGCUCACUUCACACAUUUGUUCAGUUGAAUUUGCAAUUUAUUCACCAUGUUUGCCUUGUCAAUCCAGUGAUGAGGAUAAUCAUAUUCUUCUUUUGCAGUACAUGCAUUCGGUUGAAAUUUUCUCACUUAUUGCCAGUAAUGCAGAAAAGGAUUGCCACUGUUUUACCUUAGACCAACAGAUCAUGUGGCCUUCACCUGGCCUCAGCCAAGGGUUGCACUACUGUCACCACCCAUUACUGUAUGUGUGUUAGGAGGUUAAUGUUUUUGAAUCCAGAGUCCAUUAUGUAAAUAUUGGAAAAUCUAAUUUUGAUCAUGUCAUAAUAUGUGUGGUUCACAUUUUUUGAAAUUGUAUAAAUCUAUCUUAAUUGUAUAUUUAGAAAAUAUGUUUACAUAAUUUGGCAAAGUAAUUUGAUUGAUGAAUAUUUUUAAAUAAAUUUAUCUUUUUGUAUCAUAAGAAAUGCUGCAAUGAGGAUAUUGUAAAAGGUAAAAAUCCCUAUUUCAGUAUUUGUUAACCUGCAAAAAUUACCUAAGAUUAACCACUUGCUGCUAGGGUAUCUGGUAUUGGGCACUUAGGCUUUUUUCAAGGAGCCGGGGAGCCCGAAAUCGGAACUUUAAUUAAGAAAGAAUUAAUAAAGCCCUUGGGUUUUUUUUUUUUUAAGUUUGUUGCCCUCAGUCCAAAGUUUAGGUCAGCAACCGAGGUAAUUAGGCAAUAAUGGGUUCCUGGGACCUGAUUCAUAGCCGGGUUGACCGAACUUGUAUAAUCCUUGAAUAAAGAACGAGCUGCUGGGACUUGCCAGUGCAGAGCACUGGCUGUAAGUGGAGGUAAUCCACCUUUUGUACGAGAAGAAUGAACUGGCCCGGGCGCUGCUGGCCCAUGACACGUUGACUGACAGGGGUCACCCCGACGCUGCUGAGAAUAAAAUUGUGGUGUAGUGGCCAUCUCGUGCAUAGUGGAUCCCAAAUUAUCAGUGUUAAGCACUUUUUCAGAGCACUGACAAUAUGUCUGAUGUAAUUUCUGGAGAGUCAAGUUCUUCCAGCUGUGAAAGCAAUUUUUUCAGGCGAGUUCAGAUGAGGAUUCCUCAUCUAAUUCACCAUUGGCGUCACCUGCCCGAGCACAGUCAAGCACAGAGAUAGACAGUGAUCUACCCCUGGCCAUAUACGCCAAGUGUGAGAGACAGUCCCCUACACAGACCGCCGCAUUGACCAGCAGCAGUACCGCACUUUUGAAGAUGAAGACAGCAUGUGGAGAUGAAGGAGAGGUGGUGACCAAC